UGUGUGAUGGGUACGGUAGUCAACGCUUUAUAGAGUGCUGCGUGUUUGCCAUCGAAAACUCGAUGAAAUUUACUUUUCAGUAUAAGUUGAGCGUUCAAACACGGUCGGUCGGUCGUAGACUGACACUUUUCUCGGUGCAUUCUUUUUUUUAAUUUAAAAUCAAACUACAACAACAAUAUAGAAGAGACAACAAAACGCAUUUACCAACAUAAUCAACGCCCCAGACAACAAACAUCUAAACAGAACUAGAGAAAGAACAACAAAACAAAACUACUAUGUGCAUUGAAAGAUUUUAGUUGUAAAUUAUGUUCCGUAUUCAAUUUUUGUAUGCAAUAAACAAGUGCGUUUACGGGGAGUGUCGUAAAUAAUAAGUCCAUUGAUUGUGUCUGUCUACACUUCGAUCGAGAUUAUUGAAUUUUCCAUAACGACGAAGAACAAAAAGAACGGAAAGAACUGAUUUUAGUUCGUAACGAAAGAAAUAUUGUACACAUACAAAAAUGUGGUUGUGAACGCACAGUGAAUACGAAAUUGUAUAAAACGAAAUUAAAAGUGAAAAUCCAUAAUUCAUUUGAAUCUCAAUUGCAAUCGAUGUCGAUUGUACAUUUGUGAAAGCGAAACAUCAAAUCUGAAUAACAAAAUAUACAGAGUGAGCAAUAGCCAUCAACGAGAAAAAGAAAGAAAAGAGAGAAUAAAACCAAAAGAACAUUUACUGUGGUUUAACACAAAGUCGAUUCAUUAAUUCAUUUUUUUUUGUUGUUUCAUUUUAAUUUUGGUUCUUUUUUUUUCGUUCAUUCUUUUAAGUUAAAUUUGAUUAAAGUUCAAACUCAAUACGUGUAUACCACUUUAAAAAAAGAGUGCGUGUACAUGUUGGGCAUAAGGCGACAACAACGAUUGAAUGAAUGUUUUUGUUUUGCAUUGCUGUGUUUUUUAUUAUUUUUUUAGUUUUGUUUGUUAUCGAAAUGGCCGAACGUAAAUUUACCCGCGGUCUAAAUAAACCGGGUAUGGCCGCUGCAUUACGUGAAUCCGUUUCGCAAGUUGUACGAGAAAGUGCAGUGCUAAAUAAGCCGCUUGCCGUUCAGCCAAUUGAUUUUGAAAGUUUUGUUGCGAAAAACAAAACGCUUAUUCAAAAUGAUCCACAACGAGAGCUUCUUAUUUAUCCAACUGACGAUGUCAGUCAAGUUGUCUUACCACGGAAAUUCCGAACUACUUCCAAUUUCAUACCAACAUUGCCAAUUCUUAAAAAAGAAAGCAGCAGUACCAAAUUAACGAAUGGAUCGUUAAAAACAAAUGGUUCACCAUCAUCAAAUUCACUGUCCGACGAGGCAAAGGAAGAGAACGGAACAAAUGGUCAUCAUUCACCCACUUCACAAUCGCAUGGAUUGUUGCUGACAAGACAAGCGCUACACACCUAUCAAUCCAAUAAUCAUCUGGUUCACUAUAAAUACAGUGCAUACAGUUGUUCUUAUCAUGAAUUACCAAAAAACUCACCGGUGGACAUCCACAAAGAAGAAGUGUACGAAGUUGAUGCUGAUCCCGAUCGGAUCGAUGAAGAAAUGACAAGAUCACAAGCAGAUUCAAUAACCAAACAGGGAUAUCUUUAUAAGGGGCCAGACACAGCAUCCGAUCGAAUGUUUGCGCACAUUGGAUCCAAAUCAUUCAAACGGCGGUACUGUUAUUUAAGGCAAGAAGUUGACGGCACCUACAUUUUGGAAUUGCAUAAAGAUGAAAAACAAUGUGAAGCAAAAGCAACAAUUGUCAUGGAUUUUUGUACAGAAGUUGUACAGAAUCCAAAACGAGGGCGAUUCUGUUUUGAACUGCGAAUGACCGCCGGUCAUAAGUCAUUUACAUUGGCAGCUGACAAUGAAAGUGACAUGCAAGAUUGGCUAACCAAACUACAGUCGGUGCUAAGUCAAAAUAAAAUGCAAGAAGAUACACGAUCCGCUUCGCUUGAACGGGAAAAGACACCAAGUCAAAAUCCAAAUAUGUUCGGCACGCUUAAAGGUUUGGAUCAAAGUAUGAAUCCUCAGCUUAUCAAAUAUGGACGUGAGACAGAUAUUUCGAUAGCACAAUCAAGACGUGAGCAUCGACGCAAAUUAUUUAAUUGUUAUGCGCUAUUAUUGCGACCCAUCGCACAGAAUGAAGGACCUAUCGAUCCAUACCGAGAGCAAUUUGGUCAAAAAAUAUUAAUAAAAUGUGAUAGUUUAAAAUUCCGUUUGCAAACACCGUUGGAGAAUUGCGAGAAAGAAACAUUCGUACAAGCUGAACCAUAUUUUACAUCGCUGGCACUUUAUGAUGCCAAGAAUGGACGGAAGCUAACCGAAAACUUCUAUUUUGAUUUGAAUUCGGAGCAUGUGCGAGAUAUGAUGGUCACAAAUCAAGCGACAAACAAUGGUCAAUGUGAAACGAAUGGUGUGAAUGGCAUUGAUGAUAAAACAGAAAGUAUACAGUAUCAAACAUUGCCGAAAGAAUUUGACGCAUUACCUGCCAAUUGGCUAACGAGACCAAAACAAGCCAUUCUGUCAGUCACUGCACCGCAUCCAGACGUAUUUUUGGUCGUGAAAAUUGAGAAAAUUCUUCAAGGUGGCAUCAACAAUACCACCGAUGCAUAUUUGAAAGCAGGAAAAGAUCCAAAAAUGGGACUAAAACUGCACAAAAAUGUGAAAACAUACAGUCAAAAAAUUGGACAUUAUCGCAUGCCGUUUGCAUGGGCAGCACGACCAUUAUUUCGAUUGUACAGUAGUGAUUUGGAUGCAGCCAUUGAAUUUCCGGCGAUUUAUCGACAAGAAGCAAAUAAAUUGAAAGACGAAGACAUUCUGAAGCUAUUGGCGGAAUAUCGAAAACCCGACAAAUUCAGCAAAUUGACUGUGAUACCGGGUUUCUUAAAAAUAAUGGCCGAACCCAUUAGCGAGUUACCAAAUAAUUCUCUUACAACAACACUAAUGCCAUUGAAACCGUUUCCCAUACCACCAUCGGCCGCUGAACCAUCAUUUGAAAUAGCAGAAUUUUCUAUGAAUUUAGAUCGUGACAUGUAUCCAUACACAACGUUUGUGAACCAUCUGUUCGUCUAUCCACAAUCACUGUCAUUUGAUAGUCAGAAAUUAUUUUCGCGAGCUAGAAAUAUUGCUGUUACGAUCGAAGUCAGAGAGAGUGAUGCGGAAGGGGCGAAAUCAAUACCGUGCAUAUACGGUAGACCAGGUCAAUCAAUGUUGCUUGAUAAAAUUUCGUGUCCCGUUUUACACCACAGCACGAAUCCAACGUGGUACGAAGAGAUAAAGAUACGAUUGCCAUUGAAUAUAACGGCCAAUCAUCACCUUUUAUUUUCAUUCGUACACGUUUCGUGCGAUUUGUCAAAACGACGCGAUGCAAACACUACAUACGAGAAUGCAGUUGGAUACUCAUGGAUGCCGUUACUAUCGAAAGGAAAAAUUAAUGUCGAAGAACAAGUAUUACCAGUUGCCGCAUGUUUACCUGCUGGCUACUUGGCCAUUCAACCACUUGGAUUGGGCAAAGGCCAGAAUGCCGGACCUGAUAUUCAAUGGAUUGACAAUCAACGGCCAAUAUUUUCGAUAAUUUUCCGUUUGGAAUCAACCGUACUAACGACUGAUCAACAUUUACACAAUUUAUUUGUGCAUUCGGAACGUUUAUUACAACAUGGAAAAUUAACCGCACAACCGGCUGAGUCCGAAACGUGUAAAAUACUCAAAGCUGCCCAUGCCAUUCAAGUUAAAUCUGUGAUCACAUUCUUGCCAACAAUUUUGAAUCAACUAUUCACACUGCUGGUGAAUACGAAUAGCGAGGACAUUGCAUUGAAUGUGAUUAGGUUGUUGAUCAACUUAAUACAUACGGUUGCUGAAGAGGCUGGCCGCAAGGAACUAUUGAACUCAUAUGUGAAAUUUGUAUUUCAAACAACAAAUUUUCUGCCGAAAAUGAAUGGAAACACGGUUCAUAGUGAACUCUGUCAUCAUUUGCCGACAAUUCUCAAUCCAAACAACACAGAUUUUCUGGUUGUAAACAAAUUCAUGAAAUACUCCAAUAUUUUCUUCGAUAUAAUUGUCAAGAGUAUGGCUCAACAUUUGCUGCACAGUGGCCGUAUUCGUAUGCAUCGUAAUGAACGGUUUACCGAUAGUUUCUCGCAAAAAGUGGAAAACCUCUUCGAAAUACUUGUGCCAUAUUUAUUUUCACGUCACAAAGACUUGCCAAACGAAACACAAAUUCUCAACAAAAAUCUGUCCGUAUUCAUAAAACGUUGUCUCACCUUUAUGGAUCGUGGUUUUGUAUUCAAAUUGAUUCGAUUGUAUUUGGAUCGAUUUUCGUCGUCGGAUCAAAGAGUUUUGCAUGAAUAUAAAUUUGCAUUUCUACAAGAAAUCUGUACACAUGAACACUAUGUGCCGUUGAAUUUGCCAAUUUUACUGUCUCCAAAUUCACGUCAACCGAAUUUAAUACAACGUUUUACAUUGUCCGAAGAAUUCUGUCGUCAACAUUUUCUGGCCGGUGUUUUAUUGCAAGAAGUAAAAAGUUCGUUGAACGAAGUGGGUCACAUACGGAAGUUGGCAUUAUCAGUGUUAAAAGAGCUACUGGCAAAACAUGAUUUAGACGAUCGGUAUCAGGGAAAAGGACAAGCGGCUCGAUUAGCCGUGCUUUAUAUACCGUGGCUUGGUAUUGUUAUGGAGAAUCGAUCGCGGAUCUUUGAUGGCAACGAACAUCGACCCAUGGACUCCAUGUCAAUUUGUACGAGUCGAUAUUCAACCGGCGGCAGCUAUGUAUUCGGUCGCGAUUCAUUAAUUAGCUCAAACAGUAUUAUGUCAGCGAAUAGUACACCAAAACUACGUUCACGUCUCAAUCAAACGAGUCCAUGUCGAACAUCGGUUCUAUUGAAAGAUACUAAUUAUUUGGCUGCAAUUGCUGGACAACAACAAAUUCUUGGAAAUGGCCAUUCAACCAAUUCCCUCAAUUCAGACUGUUCGGCGUUAUCAAAUGACACAACAAUAUUGGGAAGCAUGAGUACACAAUCGGAUACAACAAUUCGACCGAGUCAUGCACGUUCGGUUAGUAUGGCACAACCGCCGAUGAUACCACGACUCGAUAAAUUCAAUGAAAUCGAAACAAAAGAUUUACUCAUCUGCUUCUUGUUUGUCGUAAAGCACCUGAGUCAAGAGCACAUGAUUUUGUGGUGGCAAAAUUGUACGGAAAGUGAGACGAUUGCCUUCUUUGGCAUUUUGGAUUAUUGUCUAAUCAAUUUCCGUUAUGUAGGCAAAAAGAAUAUUGUUAUGAAUGCUGCAUACUUAAAUACGAAAAUGAAAACAAGCCGAUCUCAUACGUUGCCAGCUCGUGUCUCGUCACCGCAAAAUGGGGAAUUUCCGCAUGAGAGUGGCAGCAGCGGCACUUUAAAUCACAGUAAUACACGUGAAAAUCUCGUCGAAGAAACAACACGUGCACAGAUUGCUGCUCAAGAUUCAUCAUUGGCCGCCGAAGUCGGUCUGACCAUUUUGGAUUGCAUGGGAUUAUAUACGUUACAAUUUCGUGAUAAAAUGUUGGAUGGUUCGGUGUUGCCAAAACUUGCACAAGUUUAUCUACGAUUUUUGCAAUUGGGCCAAUCUGAAAAUCUAUCGAAGCACGUUUUCGCAGCACUGCGUGCAUUCAUAAAUAAUUUUUCGGCGGCACUAUUCAGGGGUAACGCUGCGCUAUGCGGUCAAAUUGUAUAUGAGCUGCUGAAAUGUUGUGACAGUCGUUUGACAUCGAUUCGACAAGAUGCAUGCGCUGUUCUGUAUCUGUUAAUGCGAAGUAAUUUUGAGUUCAGUGGCCGUAAAGGAUUAACAAGAGUUCACUUACAAGUCAUCAUCUCCGUUUCACAAAUGAUUGGAAAUGUAAUCGGUUUGAAUAAUGCACGAUUCCAAGAAUCAUUGUCAUUAAUCAAUAGCUAUGCAACGAGCGAUAAAGCAAUGAAGGGAACUGGCUUUCCAAUAGAAGUGAAAGAUUUAACAAAACGUGUGCGCACCGUUUUGAUGGCAACCGCACAAAUGCAAGCACAUCACAUGGACCCAGAACGUUUGAUUGAACUGCAACAAUCACUCGCCAAUAGUUACUCGACUCCUGAAUUACGGCACACUUGGCUUGUUACAAUGGCACGUAAUCAUGAACAAAACGGCGAUUUAUCUGAAGCAGCCAUGUGUAAUUUACACAUUGCCGCUCUAAUUGCCGAGUAUUUGAAAUUAAAAGGUAGCGGACCGAAUUGGGGAGCCGAAUCAUUUGGUCGUAUAUCGCGAAAUAUUCCAAUUGAUGAAAAAGGACUGAAACUUGAUAGUGGAACGCCAGACUCACAACAAUAUAGCGAAAUGAUGUUAUACGAACAGUUGAAAGACUGUGCCGAUUACUUGGAUCGAGCUGAACGAUACGAAUGUCUGGGUGAAUUGUAUCGAUUAAUUAUACCAAUUUUGGAAAAUCGACGAGAUUAUACAUCACUUGCACAAUCAUAUGAACAUUUAGCACAAAGUUAUAGUAAAAUCAACGAAGUAAACCGAUCCGGCAAACGCAUGCUGGGACGAUUCUAUCGAGUUGUUUUCUUUGGACAGAUUUACUUUGAAGAAGACAGUGGAGUUGAAUACAUUUACAAAGAACCAAAGUUGACGUCACUAAGCGAAAUUUCAGAGCGUCUUUAUAAACAAUAUAAAGACAAACUUGGAGCUGAUAAUGUGAAAAUGAUUCAAGAUUCAUCGCCGGUAAAUGUGAACGAUCUUGACCCAAAAAUUGCGUAUAUUCAAGUAACCCAUACCAAACCGUACUUCUGUAAAGAUGAGUUGGAAACACGGCAAAAUUUCUUUGAACAAAAUCACGAUGUAGACACAUUCCAGUUUGAAACGCCAUUCACCAAGAGUGGUACGGCCCACGGAACCGUUGAAGAGCAAUGGAAACGACGAACCAUUUUAACAACAAUGUACUCGUUUCCAUACGUAUUAAAGCGAAUACCAGUGAAGCAUAAGCAAGCAAUUGAAUUGAAUCCGAUUGAAGUGGCAAUUGAUGAGAUGCAAAAUCGUGUGGUUGAAUUAGAGGAAGUGGUUAUGCCACCAAUUGAUGUGAAAAAACUACAGCUUCGCUUACAAGGUAGUGUUGCAGUACAGGUGAAUGCUGGACCUCUUGCAUAUGCGAACGCAUUUCUCAGCCCGGACGACACCGAAAACAAGUAUUCCGAAGAUAAAGUCGAUGAACUGAAAGACAUAUUUAGGGAAUUCGUAUCAAUAUGUAAUACAGCACUUCAAGUCAAUGGCCGCAUGAUAUCAAGUGAUCAACGUGAAUACCAUGCUGCACUAAAAGACAAUUAUGAAAAACUCUGUACGGCACUUUCGGAUUUGCUUAACGAAUCAUUUUUACCCAUCGAUGAGAGCAAUUCCGUGCAUCGAAAUAGUUUAGCAUUAUUCAGCGCAAUUAGUGGAGCCCCAAAUAACUCAAGCACCGCAUAAAUUUAACGUUUCCAAAAAUACUUCGAAAACUUUCUUAUGAAGCUUAUUUCAAUAAUAAUAGAACAAAAAAUGUAUGCUAGAAAGUAAACACACAUACAUGAUAUUUUUGUAAACACUCGAAUAAAAAUGGGGAUGGAAAAUAGAUAAUUUUCAUUAGCAUGAAUUUACGUUUAGGACCUAUUCAUUUAGGAAGCUUCAUUUGAAUAAAUCUACCAAAAAUUAAAUAAAUGCCGAACAAAACACUCUAUCAACCGAUAGAUAUUUAAUAGCCCAUUUUUCAUUUCAUUUUAAUACAAUUUUAAUUUAGUUGGAUGUGAUAACAGUCAAAUGUAAUAAAUACUCAUUCGACGUCUAUUGUAUAUCGAAUUAUAAGCUUCAUUCAAUGCGACAUAAGAAAUUUUAGCAAAGAAAACGCACAAUUGAAUUUGUCAAAACAACUAUGAUUUUAUUUAUAAUCAUUAUAAUAUUCAUUUAAG